AUGCAUCGUGGAUUUUCCUCCUCUUCAUCACCUUCAACAUCAGCACCCCUUUCCAACUCCUCAGAAGAUGCCUUCUUACGAGAGGACGGCUCCGCCAGCCUACUAUCCCGUACAAGUCCGACAAACAUUCGCCCAAGCGCCCCUUCACCUCGUGCCUCACCUUGUGCCUACUGCCCAGUUUCCGCCUCCACCCGCGCCGAUGCCUGCUCCUCCACCUGCGGAGAAAAAGAAAAUCGACUGGCCAGCACCAGUUCGGCUUUACGUACAGAGAUCUUUCGAGAACGAUAACCUCCUUGCCGAUGUGUCUAGAGCAGAGAUGGAAGAACAGCUAAGAACAACCAUCGCAGCAGCGACCGAUAGUAAUUCUCUGGAGACGAUCGACUGGGACCAUCUACCCCUUCCCCAACAAAUGAUACACCACGCGCGGGCACAGGCAAAGGCCGAGGCAUGGAAACAAGAAUCUCUAGAUCUGCGGAUAGGCGCGAAUGGCAAUGCCAAUGGUAACCACGCUCUAUCGAAGAAGAGAAAAUCCCAAGAGCUCGGUGGAGAUGACAAUCCUAUGCCUCCGUGGCGUGCUAACAACCGCUUCGAAGAUCGUAUCACCGAAAAACGCCAGCAUCCAUUUCAGGAGGAGAAAUUAAGUAAGUCCCAGAAGAACCUGGAGAAGCGCCUUCGUCGUUUUGAUGGCGGUUACAAACCAACCUACGCUCGAUCUCCUACCCCAGAACCAUCAUCAGGCCCUGUAGUCGGAACGUGCAAAGUCCUCGAGAAGCAAUAUUUCCGCCUCACAUCAGCUCCAGUCCCAUCACAAGUCCGACCUGAACCUAUUUUGAGACAAACCCUUGAUUUAUUGAAGAAGAAGUGGAAGAAAGAGGGCAACUAUUCUUACAUAUGCGACCAGUUCAAGUCUAUGCGACAAGAUCUUACCGUGCAACGCAUCAAGAACGAGUUCACAGUUACGGUGUAUGAAAUCCAUGCCCGGAUUGCCCUGGAGAAGGGGGAUCUUGGUGAGUAUAAUCAAUGUCAAACCCAGCUUCGUGCGCUUUAUGCGCAGAAUUUGGGAGGCAACCCGGUGGAAUUCAAGGCGUAUCGUAUCUUGUAUUUCAUUCACACAUCUAACCGCACGGCAUUGAAUGACGUCUUGGCGGAUCUAACCCCAGCAGAGAAGGAAGAAAAGGCUAUCAAGCAUGCUCUUGGUGUGCGUUCGGCUUUAGCAUUAGGCAACUACCACAGAUUUUUCAGGCUCUAUCUCGACACACCUAACAUGGGUGCCUACCUCAUGGAUAUGUUCGUCGUUCGUGAACGUCUGGUUGCUCUGUCAAAUAUAUGCAAAGCAUACAAGCCAGAUAUCAAGUUGAGAUUUAUCACCGAGGAACUUGGAUUUGAGUCCGACGGCGAUGCCGCACAGUUCAUCUGUGAUUACAAUGGCCAACACCUGCUUGAAGAGAAGAACGAUGAACUUCGAUUCCUCACUGGCAAGGCUGGCGGCUUGUUCGAGGCUGCUAAAAGUGCAGCCUUUGCUAAAGUCGACAUCAAAGGCCAAAUCUAACCCUUACUUCGAUUCCCACCUCUUACUAUCUAUCUAUCGCUCCACUUUCGGACCCCUUCCCUGAUUCUUUCAACCUUUCGCUGGUAUUUUGUGGCACGAUACCUGAAUCCUUUGUCUCGAUGUGAAAGAGAUGAGGGAUUUGAUCACGCCAAGUAUCGUUGUACCUUGGGUUCACGAGUUGGACUACGGAUCCUUCAUCUCUUCCUAUCUUUCACUAUGUGAUGGCAUCGAAACGACAUGGAGUGUAUGGUUGCUAGGGCUCAAAUUUCCAAUUUCCUCUAUCCGACUUGACGACCGCUUGUUCUGCUUGUUUAUACCUUUUUCCGUACUAUGCAUAACGAUUUCCUGGCAUUAGGCGUUGGUGGAUGAUGAUUUGAAUGCAUUUCGGGAAUGCAUGGGUUUAGGAUCCUUGAGCGAGAUUAGACGAUGAUUCCUACUUUGGAGCAUUAGCAUUUGCUAGGCUUUGUAUAUACGUGCUGGUCCUUGAAGACAUCAUGGUGGAGCAAGGAUAAUAAAAAUGAACGUUUGACCUGUG